AUGGAAGGAUGUGCUGUGGGGCGGGGCAGCUGUCCUCUUCUCCCCGGACCCAGCACCUGGAGAGCCAUCCCUGCAGGGUGGGCUAAGCGAGCACUGCUUCGCAGGGCUUCUGGUCUCCCUGGCAGACCUUACGCUGAACCGCAGCCGCUUCGACAGUGUCUUUGCAGAGAUCCAGCGACGACCACACUUGUCCAACAGCGGUCCUUUCACUAAUCCUGGGAGAAGCUAAUCGUUUUCUCCCCGUGCCCUGUCAGCCGCUCAUGCAGCCCAGGGAGGAAUUUUAGUAGCAACACUCCGGCUGUCACACCACUGAAAUUACCAAGCAACUCCAACUCAGGACCACCAGGAAAAGGCAGGAAGAUAAUCACCAUCAGGUCCCAGCCCCUUUUUGUGACAAGGACUAGAGGGUUUGGAUCUGCAGUGGGCUGUCUCCUGCUGGGCUCAUCUGUCCUAUAG